GUGAGAAGGGUAUUGAAACAUUAUUAUAAGGAAACGUGGACUUUUCGGGUGUCCCAAUGCAUUAUUUUUAGUGUAGACACAGCUUGCAAUGUCGGAAUUCUUGCUAAAACAGAAUACGCAUACUCGAGUCUACACGGUUUGUCAAUAUUCAUGUUCUGCCCUGGCUCUCUGGUCCGGUAUGAAGCUGAAAUUUCCGCAGUUUCAUGUUGAGGAGAAUUGUUGUUCCACAAGGGGGUGUUGUACGGGACCAUCUCCAAUCCCUCAGCAAACGGCACCUGCUUUUUCACCAAGAAAUGGCUUUAUGCAGCUGAUCAUUGCAAACUUCAACAACUCUGGGCCGGCUGCUUUGCGGGGCGCGGUCCCAGCCGGAGACUCCUUCUGCAAUGGAAAAUCCCACUCCGAUGUUUAAUGUUCCCGGCCAUGACCCGGUCACCUAUUUCUCUCGCGUCCCAACAACUCAGGCAUCGAGAUGUGUGCAGAUAUUCAUCUGUUGCAAUCCAGAAGAUACAGAAGCUGAGAGAAAGGCAUUGAGGGAAGGUGUUUAUCCAAAAUUACGAGAAUACUGUCGACAUAAACAUGGACUAGAGUUCCAGGCAGUCGAUAUGUACAUUGGAGUGGAUCCAGAUGAUGUCCACGAUGCUAGUGUCCGGAAACUCCGGAUGAAGCUGCUGGAUGAAUGUUUAAAGUUUUCUGCUGGGCCGUGCUUUGCGGCUUUGAUAGGAGAGCAGUAUGGAAGUGCCAGCGUGCCAGCCGAGAUUGAAGCCAGGGAAUUUGAGAUGAUUCUCUGCAAAUCACAAAAUAAAGGCCUCCGCACCAGGCUGCUCCAAAACUGGUACCAACGGGAUGAGAAUUCUGUUCCACCUGCUUACUACCUAAGGUCCAAAACUGAUGUCCUCCCGAACUAUUGCAACAAGAUUGAGGGCAGAGCGAAGGAAGUUGCUCGUGUAGCUUGGCGAGAGAAUUUUGCAGAAAUGAAGAUGAUCUUCAAUGAGACAGUGAAGAUGUGUCUUAAAGAAGGAACCAUAAAACCAGAUCAAGCUCAGAAAUAUUUCACCUCUGCUCUUGAAGAAGAGUUGCUCCAUGCUCUAGAAAACCAAUCACAAAGUGUUCUCCAGAAGUGCAUUUGCUACAUUUGUAAGGUCCCACACCUCACUCGCCACCUGAAGACUAUGCUCAAAGAUCAGAAAGGACAAACAGACUGUGAUAGCCAGUUGCCACAUGAUGCCCAGGAUUACGCUAAGCUUCUCAGAUUGCGGGAUGAGAUUCUCCCAGCGUUGGUCAACUCUUCUAACUUACAUGUCUACACGUCCACACUAUUGGACAACCACAACCUGAACUCCAUGGAGCAAAUGAAACAGGAGUACAUCGAGGGCCUUUGUCAGCAGUUUUACAUGGAUGUGGUUAAACUGAUUGACAGCAGCAAUGUUCAAAGGGUGAAGGAUCGGUUUGACAGUGGGACAGAAGAGAUUGUGAGGCAUGCAUCCAUGUGUCACUUAUAUGUGACCCUGUCUGACUUUGAGUGGAAAGAAGUGGACCAGAUUAAGGAAUACAUCCUCAGGAAGCAAUCAAAAUCACCCUUCAUCAUUGUGGGAGGACCGUGCAGUGGAAAAACACUUCUCAUGGCAACGUGUGCCAAACAGGUACAUUCAUGGCUGAAGAACUGUACCCCUGUGGUGGUCAGCCUCUUUGUCUCUUCCACAAACUACAAUAAUUCCCUUCGAAAUAUCCUGGCUGGAAUCUGUCAGCAAAUAGCAAUAGGCUACCACAAAUCCACGCAGAUAUAUACUGACAACAUUGACAUAUUAGUUAACUGUUUUAUUAAUCUUUUAGAAGAAUCGUCAGAACAGCAUCCCUUGACCAUAAUGAUAGACGCUGUUGACCAGAUCUCAGAGACUCACAGUACCAGAGCCAUCUGGUGGCUUCCAAAGUCUCUGCCACCAUUUACCAAGUUAGUUAUUUCUACUACUCUGAAGAAAUAUGAAAUUGCACAAAAAUCCAUGCAGUUAAACCCCGAUGCAGCACACUUUCUUGAGUUAAAGCCGAGAGAGAGACAGGAAUGCAACAAAAUUCUUACACAACGCCUUCGAAGUUCCAGCAGAAGGAUUACCUCUGGGCAGCAAGUGUAUAUCAAUGCAGCCCUGCAGCAAUGUACUCUCCCACUUUUUGUUAACUUGCUUUAUAGUGAGAUGCUUUUUUGGAGAUCGAAUGAGGAUAUUGAUGAGCAGACUUUAGGAAGAAGUGUUCAUGACAGUAUCAAUCGACUACUCAAAAGACUUGAAAGGAGACAUGGGGAGAGUCUUGUUUCCAGAGCCUUAGGCUACAUAACACUUGCAACUUCAGGACUUGGUGAGAUUGAACUGUUGGAUAUUUUGUCACUUGAUGACUAUGUUAUUGAACAUUAUUGGCUGCAAAAUGGCUCACCAGAUUCUAUGAAAGUGGCAUAUUAUUCAUUAGCAAAACUGGAGCAGGAUCUAAGUGGGUUUUUAGUAGGAAGGCUACAUAAUGGCAUAAAGUUGCUGUUCUGGACAAACCGACAUUUUCCACUGGUGGUCAACAAGCGUUACCUCAGAAACAUGGAGACUGUACAACAAAUGCACAAUCUUAUAGUGGAAUACUUUAGUGGCCGAUGGUCCAGUGGCAGAGGGAAACCACUUUUCGUUACUAUGUUGCCUCAGAAACCAAAAGAAGAUCAACCAAUGCUGUGCCAGAUAUCGGAAAGUGAUCCUUUAAUGAAGAGAUAUGUUGAUAGACAGCAGCCUUCACAACCAUGGUUUUUUCAUUUCCAAUCUUCUAACCCUUGCUCAGUCUAUCCAAAUCACAGAAAAGUUGAAGAAUUGGCUUAUCAUUUGAAGAGAUCUGGGAGACUCGGAGAAUUAUAUCUAGAUGUUAUGUCUUCCUUUGUAACCCAUCAAGCAAUGAUUGAAACUGGUCACUUGGUUCAUCUAAUAGCUGAACUGGAGGAAAAUAUAUGGACAAUAAAUCGAAGAGAGAUGAGGUUUUUGGCAGCAGUUCUGAAAAGUGCACAUUGCUUACUGCGAGAUUCUUCUGAUCAGCUAUCAAUGGCUAUUCAGAUGAGCCUUCUACCACUUGUACACUGCUUCCCUCAACUGCUUAAUUAUUUGAAGCAGUCUUAUCAAGACGGGCUGAGAAAUAAUGUUCUCGCUGUGCUGCACAGUCCAGUAAUUACUGUGCCCGGAAUAUCUGCUGCUUUGUGUACCUCUGACCUCGCUGUAGCAACGGACAUUAUAGAAAUUCACUCACAAUCUCUUGUUCUUGUGACUCUGGAAAGUGGUGCGAUACAUGCUUGGAACCUCGAGGUUCAAGCACCUUGGGAACAAAUCAGCACAAAAGGAGUUAAAGUUUCAGGAGCCCAAAUAUCAGAUGGUGACCAAUUCCUUGUACUUGCAACUGUCCACAGCACGAUAUUAGUGUAUGACCUUGCUCAGUUAUCCCUGCUUAAUGAAAUUGACAUGAGAAGAAGCCAUGAUGACAGCACGGCAGGAAUUCGUGGUUUUGCUCUUUGCAGCACAACUGCAGUAGUGUGGUUCGAGAACAGCACAGAGGUGAGUGUCUGUGACAUUAACUCUUGCCAAACAAGCAAGCAGUUAAAUUGCCCACAUCAGAUUCAAUGUGUAUCCUUUACUUUGGACAGAACAUAUGCAUUGUGCGGACAGAUCAAGAGUACAGUCACAAUAUUUAAUAUUCACACUGGUCUCCAGAUAACUGAGAUCGUCUUUGAAUUUACUGAAGCAUCUGUCUAUUCCAUUCUCCAGCCUGAAUUCAAAGAGGAAAUCUGUGUUGUCGACAAGAUUGGGAACAUAUGUGUUUGGAGCAUGGAAGAUAUGACUGAACCCCACCUCUUGGAAGAGAUUGUUUGUACAGAGGAUGAAAAUGAAGUUCUUUGUGUUGAACUUUCUUCUUGCUCAUUGUUAUUGUGUAGGGCAUCUUGCAUUGAACUGUGGAACACAUUGGGUUGGAACAUAUCAAACAAGUUCAAACCUCCUAAAGGCACGUCUUUUGUCCAAGCUAUCUUGUCACAAGAUUGUGAAUCCAUUAUUGCUGUCAUCAAUGGUUCUCAGGCCUUAUUUGUCUGGAAGAAAGAGACUGGACAAUGUGUCCUAAUACUUGAGAACAGGCUUGGUCCCCCACUGAGACUCUCGAAAUGCUAUAAGCAAAAGGCUUUGGUAGUAUUUACAUCAAAGGGUUUUUUGAAGUCAUGGGACUUGGACUGCAUAGAUACAGCCUCAGCCAUAGCAACAACAGAAAGGAGCAUACACAUUCUCCUUCCUUCCCAAGGAAAACAUUUCUACACCUCUGAUGGGACCAGCAUUAUAUUCAAAUGGAACCUGACUUUCUCUCAAAUAGAGGCAGCCUUUAUCCAUGCUGACGAUGUGAAACAUUGUGCUCUUACAAGAACAGGAGCGUCUUUGGUAACUGCGGAUGUUAGUGGCGACCUUUAUGUUUGGGAUACAGAAGCUGGUCAAAACCUGCACCGCAUCAAAUAUGGCGAUGUGACACAAUUACUGAUAACACCCAAUGAUCGCUUUGUUGUAUCGAUAUGUGAAAAUCUCGUGUCAAAAGUCUGGAAACUGGCCAAAGGGCACGUCAUUUGCACUAUUCACACAUACUUAAAGAACGCAGUGAUAACACCAGAAAGUACGUUUGUUCUUGGCCUUCACCAGCGUUUUCUCCUUGCUGUCAGCUUGUGGUCAGGAGCUGUAGUCAAGAGAUUUGAAUGCACUGACAAAGCUGAUAUUGUUGCCUUUCAGACACUGAGCAACUUUCCAGACUAUGUCAUGCUUGUCACAUCCUGUGGAAACAUUUAUACCUGGAAUAUAAUAGAAGAAUCUCUCUACCGACAGGUCCAGCUCCCUGUGAAAUUCCUUAGCCAAUUAGAUGUCUUUCAGGUUUCCAACGAUGGGAAGAUUGCAAUGAUUUCAGUGAUCACUGAGAGUAUCAGUGUUUUGGAUAUCCUCCAUGGGAAGCUGAGUGUCAUUAAUACAGAGGGUGUGAUCUUUAGUCAGCAACUGACACAUGAUGGUAAACAUAUUGUUUAUGUGUGUUAUGGACAUCCCUGCCAUUGUGACCAUCAUUCAAAUGCAAAACUUAAUAUUGUUCGGACAAAGGAUGGGAAACAUAUUGGAAGCUGCUAUUUAUGCAAAAUUCCCUCAUGUCUUGCUGUGUCGAAAUACAAUUUAAAUAUUUUUGUAGGAUUUGAAGAUGGGACUAUUGGAAUAUACACAAUUGUUGACAGCCCUGGUGCCCAGAACAAAUUUAAAGGCCAACUGAGCAAUGUAGGCAAAACUGAAUACCCCCCCAAGAAAAAACACUGGUCAUGUAAAAACUUACCCGAUGCUUUUUGGGUGGAUUUCCUCCAUGAAGGUUCACCGUGAUGAUAUGAUUAUUCAUUCUGGUUAACAGCUACAUGACCAAUAAACAUGAACCCCAAUGCUAACUAAUUCUGUCAAUCUUUUACAAUUGGUGGGCAAUAUGAGGUUUGUAAUAUUGCAGUUUCUUUCUAGAAAGCACAAACUGGAAGUGGGUUUCAGUUAGAUAAGCUAACUAUAUUCUAUAAAAAAAAGUAUGAAGAAUGAUAGUGCAACCCUCACCAAACCAUCGAAAAUAGAUCCUCAUAAUCCAUCUCUACAAUGCACAGAGAUGGACUUUUUUAAUGCACAUAACAUGGAGUAUAAAGUAUGCUAAGUGCCUUCCAUGAUAAAAACCAAUUACAGCUACCUACUGUUACAUAAACAACUGAAAAAUAAGUCAUGCAAUUGUUUUCUAUAUGAAAAUAGAAAAUACUGGAGAUAUUUUUGUAGGUCUGGCAGUACUUGUAGAAAGAGUACAAAAUUAUAUUUUAUGUCUCUGAUUUUUCAUCUGAACUGAAUAUCUGAAUCUUGAUUCAGACUAUGAUUGUUUCUGUUGUGAGAACAAUGAAGUAAGAAUGUUUUGCAUUUUUGACAGUGAUGUUGUGAAGUUGACUGAACCAAUACAUCUCAACUCUCCCCUGAACCAAUACAUCUCAACUCUCCCCUGAACCAAUACAUCUCAACUCUCCCCUGCAAAAGAGAAGACUGCAACAAUCUACAGCCAUGAGUGCUGACUGGAUGAUCCAUCUCAACCUCCUAUGGAAAUUCUCAACAUCACAGUUGCCAGUCUUCAUCCAGUUUGAUUCACUCCUCCAUGAUAUCAUGAAGUGGCUAAACUGCAAAGGCAAUGGGGCCCUGACAACAUUCUGGCAAAUAUAUUGAAGACUUGUGCUCAGGUUAAUGACAAACAUUUAAUCAACCUGUUCCAGUACAGCUACAACACUGGCAUCCUCCUGACAACAUGGGAGGCUUCUCAGGUAUGUUUUUAACCAAAAAAAGAGACAGAUCCGACUUGACCAAUUACCACCAUAUCAGUCUACUGUUGAUCAUUAAUGAAACAACAAAGGUGUCAUCCACAACACCAGUUCAGCAAUAAUCUGCUCAGUGAUGCCCAGUUUGGGUACAGACAGGGCCCCUUAGCUCCUGACCUCAUUUCAAUCUUGGUUCCAGAGGAAGGCAGGAAUAAGUGCUCUUGACAAAAAGCUAGCAUUUGACUGAAUGUGGCAUCAAAGGAAUCCUAGCAAAACUGGACUCUGAAUCAGGGCAAGAAAAUCUCCACUGGUUGCCUUCACACCUGGCUAAAGAGAUUUGAACAUAGGUCUCCUGGCUCAGAAGAAGGGACACUACCACUGCAUGACAAGAGUCUUCUCCUUCCUCAGUAUAAUGUCUUUGUCCCAACCAUCUUUAGCUGCCUCAUCAAUGAUCUUCCUUCUAUUAACAGUUCAGAAUAGGGGAUGUUUGCGAUGAUUAACACCAUUCAUGACUCCACUGAAACUAAAGCAGCCUCUUUCCAAAUGCAACAAUACCUGGAUGAUAUUUGGCUUGAGCUAACAAGUUGUAAGUAAAAUUCCCAUCAUGCAUGUACCAGGCAAUAAUCAUCUCCAAAACAAGAAAGAAUCUAAAUAUCACUCCUUGAUAUUGAAUGGAAUAACCAUCAUUGAAUCGACCAUAUUCAACAUUCUUAAUAUUGCCAUUAACCAUAACUGAACUGGACUAGCCAUACAAAUACUGAGGCUACAAUAGUAAGUCAGAGGUUAGCUCUCCUGUGAGUACCUCACCUUCUGACUCUCAAACUCUACAAAGCACAAAAUGUGUGAUGGAAUACUGUCCAUUUGCCUGGACAAAUACAGCUCCAGCAACACUUGGGAAGCUUGGCCCCAUCCAUGGCAAAUCAGCUGCUUAUUUGGCACCAAAUUCACAGCAUUCAGUAUUCCAACACCGACCCUCAAUUCUUUUCGAAUCUUACAAGAAUGUAUGAGUAUUGCAAACAUUGAUUCAUCUUGCAUUAUUUGUACAGAAGAUUAACAAUGAACUUUUAUAGGAUGAUAAUUAUGUACUAUGCACUAUAAUUAACAAAUUUGGCUUUAUAUAAUAAAGGUUUCAGUUCUGUGAAGGUCACUUUUGUUUAAGAGGUCAGAAAGUUAUUUGGAACUAUGACCUAUAUAUAUAGUUUCUGAGAAGUCUUGUGACUCAGUUAAAUGCCUUGUAGAAUACCUGUGGUAUUGUUUGGUCAAAUGUUUAUACUUCUGCAUUUAUGACAUAUGGAGAAAACAGACUGGGGCCACUAGCUUAUUUUUGACUUCAGUUCAGGAGAACAGUUUUAUCCUAGCAGAAUGAUCAAGUUUUCACCAUAGCCAGAGGGGUUUUAGUUAAGUUUGCAAGCUGUGAGAGUGUUUAGAUAAGUUUUCCAUUUAUCACUUGUGGGCCGUCGAGGUUAUGUCAUUGAAUAUAUACGAGGCUGAGAUAGACAGAUGUUUAAUCGGUCAGAGAAUCAAGGGUUAUAGAAAAAGUCAGGAACGUGGAGUUGAGGAUUAUCAGAUCAGCUAUGAUCCCAUUGAAUGUGAGAGCAGGUUCAAAGUACAGAACAGCCUACUUCUGGUCCUAUGUCCAAUGAUCUUAUAGGAUUGGGAAGUUGUUAGUGGCAUCAAAACCGGAAAAAGAUGUAGGCCAGAAGAACAACACAGAAGUUGUAAAACUGUCUCAGCAGUUCAAAAAGGACAAUAGAGAAGAGUCAGUUAAGAAAGAAAUAAUGACAUUUCUCUGGAAUUAAGUAUCUGGAAAGGAUAUUGCUGGGAAACAGGUUGAAAGUUUGUUUUGCUGUUUAUGUUAAGAACUUUCUAAAUUACUACAAAUAUAUAGAUUUGUUUAUUACUUUCUUUUGUGAAAUAAACUUGUUCUUUUAUUCUGGAA